UGUACAGCCCAAUUUUGACACACUCUACUACGAACAAGAGCGAGCUGCAACCUGCCUCGAUCUCAGAGCGCUCAUCCUCCCUCUUCCGAUCAGAUUGCACAAUCGCCGCCAAUAUCCGCCUCCUAAACCACGACCAACGAUCAUGUUCCGACACGGUUCAAGACAGCUCCUAGCUAGAGCCACAACGAUGAGGUGGCGCCGCCCAUUUUCAACUGGCCUGCCAGCGGAGCCCCGCGUAGAUUCCACAUUCGUAGAAGCGUGGAAGAAAUUAAUACCCAACACUGAACCACCUAAGACUCCUUCUGCAUUCAUGGAUCCUAGGCCUGCAACACCCUCAUCUAUUCCUACAAAGCUCACCGUCAACUUUGUCCUUCCUUAUUCCUCUGAACUCUCCGGUAAAGAGGUUGACAUGGUUAUUAUUCCCGCAACUACAGGACAGAUGGGUGUUUUGCCAGGGCAUGUUGCAACAAUUGCAGAGCUCAAGCCCGGUCUCCUAUCAGUUCAUGAAGGCAAUGAUGUGACCAAAUACUUUGUGAGUGGUGGGUUUGCAUUUGUUCAUGCGAAUUCUUUUGCAGAUAUAAUUGCUAUUGAAGCUGUACCACUUGACCAAAUCGACCCCACUUUGGUUCAAAAGGGCCUCACAGAGUUCACGCAGAAGCUAAGCACUGCAUCAACUGAUGUAGAGAAAGCUGAGGCCCAGAUUGGAGUUGAUGUACACAGCGCCCUUAAUGCUGCUCUUACCGGUUAAGCUAGUGGACAUACUGUCUCCGUCCCUGUUCAAUUUUCUUUUCCUUCUGUAUCUGUUGGAAGCCGCAAACCCUUUAGGACAAACUGGUUAAGUUACCUGUUUUUAGUCCUGCAUCACUAGAAUAAAUGCAGGGGACAAGCUUUCCUAACAUAGAUGUGGUUAGAUACCAUAUUAUCUUUACCUCUGUACUGCAGUGAUGAGAAGUAUAUUGUUUCAAAGAAAUUUUUCAAUAGCAGCUGAAUUUCAUGCUACCUAAUGUUCA